AUGGAUUUUGAUAGGGGUAAAAUCAUGUCGACAAAUGAGCAUGAUGUUAAGAAUGAUUCUGAUAAUAAUUUAGGUAAUGAUUUCGAUUAUGAACCGAAUGCACAAGAUGAUGCUGAAGAUGACGAUGUUGAUUCGUUGGAUUCUACUAGCAGGAGUGAACAAGAUGUGGUAUUUGUAAUGAGGAAGGAUGACGUCGAUAGGGAUAAGAAAAGUAAAAUCAUUUGUAGGCAACUUGUUUGCAAUAAAGAGGGCUGGAUGAAUAUGAGGUAUCUUAAUCUGGAUGAUAGAUCAAGGGAGGCAAGGUCACUCACGCGAACCAAGUGUCCAGCUCGGCUUAGGGUAAAUAUUGACUACGUCUCUGGUAGAUGGAAGAAGGGUGGAUAUCGUCAUGCUGGCUUCAUACGCAAAGAUUUGUAUAACUAUAUUGAUCGUUAUUGUAGAUCAAAAGUAAAAAAUGGGGAUGCCAAUGCGACAAUAAACUAUUUGAUUGACAAAUCAAACAACGAUCCGCUGUUCUUUGGGAAGCAUACGUUCACUAAUGACAAAAGGCUCGAGUAUAUAUUUUGGGCAGAUGGACAAUCAAUUGUCGACUAUAACUAUUUUGGAGAUAUUGUUGCCUUUGAUUCAACGUACAAGAAGAAUAAAUACAACAAAACUUUGGUCAUUUUCUCCAGAUGCAAUUAUCAUGGGCAGACUGUUAUUUCUGGCUUUGGCCUACUAUCCGACGAAACCACAGACACAUAUAAGUGGUUGUUGGAAAUGUUUGUUGAAGCAAUGGGUGAAAAAAGUCCUAAAGCAGUAAUAACUGAUGGAGACCUUGCCAUGCGAGAUGCAAUCAAGAAUGUUCUUCCUGCUGUAACCCAUCGGUUAUGCGGAUGGCAUCUUCAGAGAAAUGCAUGUGAAAACAUAAAGAAUCCCAACACUACAACAUUUUGGGUCUAUAGCCACGGUUUUUUUGGUCACGGUAAAAAACCGUGA